AUGAACAAACCUUCUUCUCCUCCUAUUACCAUUUCUUCUUUAUCUACACAACAAAAUAAACGUAUUACAACAUUUGAAUCAAUACAUCAACCAGAACAAUUCCAAAGUGAUGCUAGUUCAUUGAGUUUUGUUGAUACAAUGGAUGAAAGUGAUGAAGAAACCCAAAUCUCACAUUCCUAUGAAAUAAAAAAUAAUAAUAAAAUUGAAGAAAUUAAACAAAGAAAAAUAUUGUCAGAAAAAAAGAAUAAUUUAGAUGAUUCAUUUCUUAUAAAUAAACUUAAAGAAGACCCAACAACAAUACGUAAAGAUGGACAAAUUUGUGCAGCAAAUGAAGAUGCAUUAUUAAAUGAAAUUUGUUCAGCUUCAACCGAGUUUAUGCAAACAUUUAUGUGGACUCAUACAAUGUUUAUGAGUUCAUCAGCAAUGAUUUUAGGAUUAGUUGAUAGGUUUGAAAUAAGUUGUGAAAGUGAUUCAAAAAAAGCACAAGAAGUUAGGGUUAGAAUAAUGAAUGGUCUUCGAUAUAUUUUAAUAGAAUGUUGGGGAGCAAUAUCAAAUAAAAUAGAAGUUCAACAAAUUUUUCAAUCAUUUUGUGAAAAACUUGAAGAAUAUGAAAUGUCUAAACAAGCAGAUUUACUUCGUUCAAUGUUAGAAAAACGUCUUGCAGGAACAGAAACAACAUAUGUUCAAACAAUUAGAGAUGCACCAUUACCUAUUCCAACAUUUAAUUGUUUAAUGCAUUUAGAAAAACCAUUAGAUAUAAUUGAUAUUCCAGCAAUAGAAUUUGCAAGACAAAUGACAUUAAUAAUUCAUACAGCAUUCUCAAAAAUUAAAUUAUAUGAAUUUUUUAAAUGGACAAAUGAUAAAAAUGCAUGUAAAUCAAUUCAAACACUUGUUAAAUAUUAUAAUGGAUUUCAAUGGUACUUUCAAAAAAGAAUAGUUCAUUGUAAAACACAAGAAGAAAGAUUAAUAAUUAUUAAAUUUUUAAUUGAUGUUGCAAAUCAUUGUAAAAUAUUAAAUAAUUUUGAUAGUUUAGUAUGUAUUAUGCAAAUAUUUUUAACAUCACCAAUUUAUAGAUUAAAAAAUACUAUUUCAAAAUUAGAUAAUGAAACUAAAUCAAAAUAUGAUAAUUUACUUUCUAUUGUAUCUCCUGAACAUAAUUGGAGUAUAUUACGUAAUUUAAUAAAUAAAAUUAUUCAAUCAUCACAAAUUCCUUGUGUUCCUUAUAUUGGAAUUUAUUUAAGUGAUAUGACUUUUAUUUCUGAUGGUAAUUUAUCUCGUUUUGAAAAUGGUUUAGUUAAUUUUGAUAAAUGUAAAAAGAUGUGUAGUGUUGUUCGUAAUUUUGAUAAAAUAAAUUCUAUUCAUUAUUCUAUUUCACAUUAUCCUAUUUUAAAACAUUUUAUUGAAAAUAUUCAUGGAGAAAAUCAAGAAAAUGAAAAUUAUGAAUAUUCUAAAUUAAUUGAACCACUUGAUCCUUUUACUAUUAAAAUUUCAGAAAAUGGUGAAAUUAUUGAAAAAGUUAUUCCUUCUGAAAAAACUAUUUUUGAAAUAUUCGGAAAUUCAAUUCCUGUUGCUAUGACUAAUGGAUUACUUGAAAAUAGAUUACUUAAUAUUAAUGAUCCUGUUAAAAAAUUACAAACUGUAUUUGGUGAUUCAUUUCUUGUUAAUUUUAAUUCUCCUAAAAAAAUUCCUUUUGUAUUUCAUUAUGAUACUCAAAAUGUACUUAUUUCUUUACCAAUUGAUAUAUCAUUACCUUUAUAUCAUUCUUUUCCUUUAAUUAAUUCUUAUAUGUCGGAACCUUUUCCUUUUAUUCCAUUAUUACUUGAUGAAAAUUAUAGAAUUUCUGGUAUUGUUAAUCAAAGAGAUAGAAUUGAUCAAAAUAUAAAUAAUUCUCUUGGUUAUUAUUUAUUACCUUUAAAUUACUUUUGUUCAAGACAUACUAAAUUAUCAGAUGAUUUAGAUAGAUUUCAACGUUCUUAUUUUUAUUAUAGAUUUGAUUUUAAACGUUGUUCUGAACCUUUGGUUAUUAUUUUGGUUGAUCAUUUUGUUUGUAUUUAUCAAUCUGGAACAUCAUUAAGAUGUUGUCCUGUUGAUUAUACUCAUUUUACUAUUGUUUCUUCAUCAAGAGCUUAUUAUUAUGAAAAAUUCCCUGGAAUGAAAAUGGAUACUCCUUUUAGUGAUAAUUCUCCUUUACCAAUAGAUGGUGAUAUUGAAAGUCUUGUUUCUUUAAUGCAACGAUUACAAAAACAAUCAAAAGUGUAUUCUACUUAUUUAAUUGGUAUUCAACCUAAUCAAACACAUUUAGUUAAUGGUGUUCCUCCUUUAGUUAUAUCUUUAAUGCAACAUAUUUAUACCCACGAUAAUUUCUUUGAAAAUAAUAUAUUUAAACAAAUUCCUCCAACUAAAUUAACAAUGAAUAUUGUUGACUCAUUUAAUAAUGGUAGUAUUAAAGGUAAUUUUAAUGAAAUGAUUGAAUUAUUAAAAUUGUAUAUAAAAACAAGUUGUAUGCCAUUUUUUAUUAUGGUAAAUCAACAUGACCUUAUUUCAUUCUCUCAACAAAAUGAUCAACAAAAAAUGAUUUUAAUUACUAAUUGGAUUAAAAAAAUUCAACCUUGUCUUACUGGUAUUUUUGUUGCUUUGAUGAGAAUGUUUGCAGCUUAUACUAUUAUUAAUUCUAAUGCUAAUUUUGAUGAAUGGGCUUUUUGUAUUUCAAGUACUUCAAAUGCAAAUAUUAUUUUACAAUAUAUUCUUGAUCAUAUUGAUCUUCUUAAUGACAUUAAAAUAUCUUCUCAAUAUUCAUUACCAAAUGUAUAUAAUGAUCAAAGAACUUGUUUCUUUACUAAUGAAGAUUAUUCAUUCUUUAAUGAUGAAGUUCAAUACGCUUUAAAUACCCCUUCUUCAAUUAUUAAUAUCUUUACUAAAAAAAAUUCUCAGUUAUCUUCUUUUCCUGGUCAAACUAUUCAAGUAACUUCUAGACUUGAUAAAAAAUUAUUUAUUGGAACAAAUCAUCAUUCUAAUAAGUCAAAUGAAGAACAUCCCUCUUCUCAACAUCCUCUCCAUCCUUUAUCACCUUCAAAAACAACCAACUAUUUAGUACCAAAUAAACCUAUUUCUUCUCCUCAACAAAAUAAACAAAUGCCUACUUUAUCUUCUACAUUAAAGACAACUCCUUUACCUCAUUUAAUUGUUUCAUCUCGUACUUCUGAUCCUCAAAAAAGUCAUAACAAAACACCACUAACUCUUGAUGAAAAAAUAACAGAAUUUCCUGUUACUGUGUCACCUCGAAAACGUGAACAACAACAAUUAAUUGGAAGAAAAGAGUCUUUGAAAGGAAUUAUUCCACAUAGAAUUGAUGAUAGUCAAAAUGAUUCUGUUCAUUCAAGCAAUGAACUUCAUAUUAAUUCAAAUUCUCAAAGUCCAAGAGAGGGAUAUAAAGAAAAUUCAUUACAUUCUUCAAAUAAAACAGAAGACUUAAAUGAUGAACCUUUAGAAAAGGUAAAAGAUAACAAUCAACUAGACGACUGUAAAAUAUCUGCUAAAGACUCACAACUAAUGAAAAAAAGAGAUCCUGAAAAAGAUAAAAAAAGAAGAGCUGGGUAUCGUGCUUUUUCAAUGGUAGAUAUACUUAACUCAGAACAACCUAAUUGA